AUGGACGAUCCCGGCAGGAUGAUGGGCGGCGGGCUGAUGGCCCCGCAGCCCUACGGCAUGACGGCCCAGGGCGAGGCGCCCGCCGGCAACGAGAACGAACCCAGGAAACAGGACAUCGGCGAGAUACUGCAGCAAAUCAUGAACAUAACCGAUCAAAGUUUGGACGAGGCCCAGGCCAGGAAGCACACGCUCAACUGCCACCGCAUGAAGCCCGCUUUGUUCUCCGUUCUGUGCGAGAUCAAAGAGAAAACCGUGCUGUCGCUCAGAAAUACCCAAGAGGAAGAACCGCCAGAUCCGCAAUUGAUGCGUCUGGAUAAUAUGCUGAUAGCCGAAGGUGUUGCUGGACCGGAGAAAGGAGGCGGCGCCGGAGCGGCCGCCUCCGGCUCGGCCGCGGCCCAAGCUGGACAACCGGACAAUGCCAUCGAGCACUCAGACUACAGGGCUAAAUUGGCGCAAAUUAGGCAAAUAUACCACCAGGAAUUGGAGAAAUACGAACAGGCCUGCAACGAAUUCACGACGCACGUUAUGAACCUGCUGAGAGAACAGAGCCGCACCAGACCGAUAACGCCCAAGGAAAUCGAACGAAUGGUGCAAAUCAUCCACAAGAAAUUCAGCUCGAUACAGAUGCAACUGAAGCAAUCGACGUGCGAGGCCGUCAUGAUAUUGAGAUCGCGAUUCCUCGACGCGCGACGGAAGCGUCGCAAUUUCAGCAAACAGGCCUCGGAGAUAUUGAACGAGUACUUUUAUUCGCACCUGUCCAACCCAUAUCCGAGCGAAGAGGCCAAGGAGGAGCUGGCCAGAAAGUGCGGCAUCACAGUUAGCCAGGUGUCGAAUUGGUUCGGCAACAAGCGCAUCCGCUACAAGAAGAACAUCGGCAAGGCGCAGGAGGAGGCGAAUUUGUACGCGGCCAAAAAGGCGGCGGGAGCGUCGCCGUACAGCGGCACCGCGACGCCGAUGAUGUCGCCGGCGCCGCCGCAGGACUCGAUGGGCUAUUCGAUGGGUUCGGCGUACGAUCAGAGUUCCGCCUACGAUGCGAGCAGUUGCGGUUACGAUCCCAUGCACGCCCAGGAACUGUCGCCCUAA